GAGAUUUCGAAUUAAUAUUAUAAAGAUGGCAUAUAAUUUUUCAGAAGAAUCCAAGGAACGUAUUAUUAAAGUGCUAGGAGCUACCAGAACGAUGGUACAUUAUACAUGGGUUCCAUUUAUUUUGUAUUUAGGAUGGAAAAGCACUAGUAAUAAACCCAAUUUAAUAUCAUUAUUUUCUCCAUUACCUUCAGCAUAAUUAGCGUUAGUUAGAACAGGAUGGUGGGAGGUGUGAUCAUCAUUAUUACAAUUAGGGAUAUGUGAUUUGGUUGAUAAUUUUAUAUUAUUUUUUAUCAUUUUAGUUGAUUCUAAUUUAUUUGUAUAUAGGAAAUUAUUAGUGGAUAAUAAAAAAUCAUUAAAUCCAAAGCGGA